CUGCAGUCGAGACAAGUCUCUCUGUUUCUCUGUAAAGAAACAUUCAACUGAAUCCAGCAGCUUUUUCUCACCAACACAGCAGAAUCUCUUCAAACACUGAGUGUAGACAUGUCUGCUGCCAGCUGUCUGCUGACUGAAGAUCAGUUUCUGUGCUCCAUCUGUCUGGAUGUGUUCACUGAUCCAGUCGCCAUACCAUGUGGACACAACUUCUGUAAAACCUGCAUCACUCAACACUGGGACGUUAAUGUCCAGUGUCAGUGUCCAAACUGUAAAAAGGUUUUUAACACCAGACCUGAGCUGCAGAUCAAUACUUUGAUCUCUGAGAUGGCUGCUCAGUUCAGACAGUCAGCUCAACAGAAAGCCAGAAACAGCAGCUCAGAGCAACAAGCUGAUAAACCAGGAGAAGUUCCCUGUGACGUCUGCACUGGAACCAAACUGAAGGCCAUGAAGUCCUGCCUGGUGUGUCUGGUCUCCUACUGUGAGACUCACCUGGAGCCUCAUCUGACAGUACCGACCAGAUGUGUGUCUGCAUGCUCUGCAGUCUUUUCAGACCACAAGACACAUGAUGUUGUUCCUCUGAAAGAAGAAUAUGAAGGAAAGAAGGCCGAGCUGGAGAAGACUGAGACUGAAAUCCAGCAGAUGAUCCAGAAGAGACGACUGAAGAUUCAGGAGAUCAAACACUCCGUGGAGCUCAGUGAGGAAGAUGCAGACAGAGAGAUAGCAGAUGGUGUUCAGGUCUUCACCGCUCUGAAGGAGUCUGUUGAGAGAAGCCAGGCCGAGCUCAUCGACACGAUCAAAGAGAAGCAGAGAAAGACAGAGAAACAGGCUGAAGGCUUCAUCAAAGAGCUGGAACAGGAAAUCUGUGAGCUGAAGAAGAGAAGCACUGAGGUGGAGCAGCUCUCACAGUCUGAAGACCACCUCGACAUCCUCCAAAGCUUCAUUUCCCUGAACUCUGCUUUACCCACAAAGGACUGGACAGAAGUCAGAGUCAGUCCACCUUCAUAUGAGGGGACUGUGAGGAAAGCUUUGAACCAGCUGGUGGAGAUGCUCAGUAAACAGAUAAAGAAUCUGGUUGGGGCCCAGCUGAAGAGGGUCAAAAAGUUUGCGGUGGAUGUGACACUUGAUCCUGAUACAGCUCAACCCAAACUCAUCCUGUCUGAUGAUGGAAAACAAGUUAAACAUGGUGAUGUAAGGAAGAAUCUCCCAGACAAUCCAGAGAGAUUUGAUCCUUAUGUUAAUGUCUUAGCAAAGCAGAGUUUCUCUUCAGGAAGAUUUUACUACGAGGUUCAGGUUAAAGGGAAGACUAAGUGGACUUUAGGAGUGGUCAGAGAGUCGAUCAACAGGAAGGGAAGCAUCACAGCGACUCCUCAGAAUGGUUACUGGAUGAUAUGGUUGAGGAAUGAGAAUGAGUACACAGCUUGUGCUGACCCAUCAGUCCGUCUCUCUCUGAAGUCUCAGCCUGAGAAGGUGGGGGUGUUGGUGGAUUAUGAGGAGGGUCUGGUCUCCUUUUAUGACGUUGAUGCUGCAGCUCUUAUCUACUCCUUUACUGGCUGCUGCUUCACUGAGAAACUCUACCCAUUAUUUAACCCAUGUUUUAAUGAUGGUGGUAAAAACUCUGCCCCUCUGAUCAUCUCUCCUGUCAAUCACACUGAGUAGAACAACCAGUGGAUUUUCAGCAGAAAGGUUCACUGCACUCAAUGUAAUGAAUGUACAUAUUUUUAGUGAUGUACGGUGUUUACAUCGUUAAUUUUUCAGCUUUUGAUCAAUGAGGGUUUUUCUCUUUCAUGUGUCACAUUAAUGACUACUUCAAGUCAUGGAAUUAUGACACUGAUGAAUAUAAUCUACUGUUGUGCAUUUUAUUCUAAUAACUGCAAUACCUGACUGUAAAGUCAUCAAAAACAAUUAACUCAAGAAUAUGAAGCAUCUGUUCGUUCCAUAAAUGUCUGCGUGCCAAAGUCAAAACCUUUUGUUGUUUGAAUAUAAGAAGUGUUGCAUACUAACACAAAUUACAGAAGAGCAGUUUAUGAAUAAGACAACUGCUUUUCUCUCUUUUUCCUGUUUAUCUAACAGGAGCAAAAUAAAGAUUAU